AUGGAAGAAAAGGAGUCCAGGGAGUCGGAGCCCGGGGUCCAGACGGAAAGCCUCUCAUUGAUAAUAAGCGAUGAGGGAGAGGAGGCCACUCCGCCUUACAGCGCUUCGGCACAGCACGCAGCAGGUGAAGAUAACAUGACCAAUGGUCAUGUUAGAGAUGACAGUCAAGCUGGUCUGAUCACUCAUGUGGACUCACCAGGGACGAGCUACUGGAGUGUUUCGGAGAGUCCUGAAUCACCCUUCCUGCUGUCCCCUGUUCCAGGGCCAUCUAGACACAAAACAUCUCCGGCUAAAUCAGGGCGGGCAUCACGGACUGGCCACAGCCGUAUCCCUGGUCGAGACCACCGCCGUUACUACCAUGAGCACUGGAGAACCGAGUACCUGAUGGACUUUGACCCCAAGAGGAAUGGGAUGAUCUGCAUGGUAUGUGGCAGUUCCUUAGCCACUCUAAAGCUGAGCACCAUUAAGAGACAUAUCAGGCAGAAGCAUCCCGAUUCCUUGCUGUGGAGUGCAUCAGAUAAGGAGGUGAUCCGUUCGGGCUGGGAGAACCAUCUGAAUCUAGAGACUAGUCAGACAUCCUGUCCAGAUUCAGCCAUCGCCUCAGAGCCAGAGGAGACACUAGAAUGCGCCAGUCUUUCUACAGACAAGCCUGGCAGUGCUGUGAUAGUUAAAACUGAGUCCCAGUCCGAGCCUAGCAUGGUGAGCUCCUCAUCGGCUCAGGAGACUCAGAGUGUGUCGUCUGAGAUGCUAGAGCGCUACGUGAACGACUCGCUGCACGCCUGGUUCCGCCAGGAGUUCCUAAUGGAGUACCAGGCAGAGGCAGGCAGGCUGGUGUGCAUGGUGUGCAGCCGUCCCUUGCCCUCACUUCAUCUCGACCACAUCAAGAGGCAUGUGCUGGAACAGCAUCCCAACUCACUGGUGUACAGCGCAGAGGAGAAACAUCGCGUGCUGCAGAGCUGGGCCCAAAGCCAGGACUCUGCAAGAGACUAUGUCAAGUCAGAGCCAGACACCAAAGAUCUGAGCGUGAACAGCCCAGUACAGUUCCCUUCCACAGAGCCUGAUUCUCUCCAGCACAGCACAGAGCCAUACGGAGGGUCUGGGAGGGAACCACAUGCCCCUCCCCACCUCACAACCAACACCAGGUUAAAAAACAGCUGCCCAUGGCAUCUACGGCUGGAUUAUUUGGUUGCUAUUGGGCCUCCGAACAUGCCAGGUUGCUACUGCAUGGUGUGUUCUGAGGAACUGCCAGUGGUGAGAGUCAGCAGCUUUCGCAGGCACAUACAGGACUGCCAUCCUGAGACCAGCAAUCUCAGCCAAAGAGAGAGAGAAGAUAUAGCCAGCGCCUGGACCCAGGACGGGGCCACGGAGGAGCCGGAAACACACUCAGAGCAGGCAAAAGCUGCCCCCAGUGACGCACUUGUUGAAAGCAAGACGCUGUCCAUAAAACCAUCCACCAGGCAGCGUGGCAUCCAGAAGGAAGAUGGAGAGAGGUCGAAGGUCAUGUCAGCGCCCAUUAUCGGGCGACACAGCCACUACCCAGGCAAGGAUCAGCGGCGUAACUACCAGGUACGCUGGCGCAUGGAGUACCUGAUGGACUACGACUGCAGGAGGCACGGGCUGAUCUGCAUGGUGUGCGGCGCCACGUUAGCGACUCUGAAGGUGAGCACGAUCAAGAGGCACAUCCAGCAAGUCCACCCUCACUCACUGAACUACAGUCCCGAGGAGAAACAGCAGGCAGUGCAGAGCUACACCCAAGCGACGCUACACUUCAUUCACUCAGACAACUGUUUCUCAGGCUCGGACCAUGGUCACGUAGCACAGACUAACACUAACGCUGAGAUCGACCAGGUUUAAUGAACGGUGGGGGUUGUGGCAUGCUUUCUUGCACUCAGGAAGAAGAUUGCUGGAACAAGCCAAAAAUAUGAUCUCUGCAGCUUUUUAGUUGAGAAUGUAAGCUUGAUACAGUUUUCUUUGUGCACUUUUUUGUUUGUUUGAUUUCACAACAUGGUUUCUGUUAGUAAGCAGUGAUCUGCUUGGAGGUGGAGAAAUGUAAAGUUGUUUCCUACAGAGGAAUGAUGUCAAUGGCCUGAAUAAGAAUGAAGGACCUUUUUUCCCCCUAA